AUGUCGAGCGAGCGCGAGGAGAAUGUCUACAUGGCCAAGCUGUCUGAGCAGGCCGAGAGGUACGACGAGAUGGUCGAGGCCAUGAAGAAGGUCGCCACCACCGACGUUGAGCUCACCGUCGAGGAGAGGAACCUGCUCUCCGUGGCCUACAAGAACGUCAUCGGUGCCCGCCGCGCUUCGUGGAGGAUUAUCUCCUCCAUCGAGCAGAAGGAGGAGACCAAGGGCAACGAGGAGCACGCCGAGAGGUACGACGAGAUGGUCGAGGCCAUGAAGAAGGUCGCCACCACCGACGUUGAGCUCACCGUCGAGGAGAGGAACCUGCUCUCCGUGGCCUACAAGAACGUCAUCGGUGCCCGCCGCGCUUCGUGGAGGAUUAUCUCCUCCAUCGAGCAGAAGGAGGAGACCAAGGGCAACGAGGAGCACGUCAAGAUGAUCAAGGAGUACCGCAGGAAGGUCGAGAACGAGCUCUCCGGCAUCUGCAAGGACAUCCUCGCCGUCCUCGACGAUCACCUCAUCCCCUCUUCCUCCAACGGUGAGUCCAAGGUCUUCUACUACAAGAUGAAGGGUGACUACCACCGCUACAUGGCCGAGUACGCCCAGGGCGACGGCCGCAAGGAGGCUGCCGAUGCUUCGCUCCAGGCCUACAAGUCCGCCUCGGACAUCGCCGUGACGGAGCUCCCUCCCACCCACCCCAUCCGCCUCGGUCUUGCCCUCAACUUCUCCGUCUUCCACUACGAGAUCCUGAACUCGCCCGACAAGGCUUGCCAGCUCGCCAAGCAGGCUUUCGAUGAUGCCAUCGCCGAGCUCGACACCCUCUCGGAGGACUCGUACAAGGAUUCCACGCUCAUCAUGCAGCUCCUCAGGGACAACCUUACCCUCUGGACGAGCGACAUGCAGGGCGAUGGUGACAACGAUGACAAGGAGGAGGAGAAGGCCGGCGACAACGAGGCCAACGAGUAA